AGCAAAGGACCCACCAUCGUCACUUCUUCGUCAGAAUUUGGACGCCCUCUCCUGCAAAUGGCGGGCUAAAUAAACUCUGAAACAUUUCAAAAUAAAACAACCGCACGCUACCUUUCUCUUGAGGGCAAAUGGAGAGAAGAGUUGAGGAUUCGAUACUGAGGAAAAUGGAGGAAGUACGAUUAGUCUGCGACUGGGAGAUUUCUAUUCAGCAGAAGAGAAUGGACUCCGCCAUGAUUUCUUUUCGAAAUACUUCGCAGUCGAUCAAGCUCAGGGCAAAAGAAACAGCCGAAAAUCAAGUAAAACUUGGCAAGCUUAAAACUGAGCUGAGAGAACUGGAGGAUGAUUUGGUUAAAGCUCUGGCAGUGAAAACCCGUAAGGAGGCCAAGCGUAUGGCCAUACUUGAUUCCAUUUCUGCUACAAAAGCUAGACUAGAAGAGCUUAGAAAGACAGUGCAUAAUCAGAAGGCCAGGAAGGAUGAAUAUGCAUCAAUAAUUUCUCAACAAUCGGUUGCAACACUCAAAGAAAAGGAUGACCAGGAGACCAAAAACAGAGGAGACAUAGAAGAAGCCAUUUCAUGGUACAAUAGGGUCCUUGGCUUCCGGAUUGAAGGAGGACGUGGAGUAAAAUUUAUAUUCAGUAAGAUUAACUUGAAUGAUCCAACCGAAGAGUAUUCUUUCACCAUUCGGCAUGCAGAUGAUACUUACACUUUGCUAGAUUGUGAUCCUUAUUUGGAUGGUACGAAGGAAUUGAUCCAAGAAUUGAACCAAACAAAUGGUUUGCUCAAGUUUGUGAGGAUCAUGAGAGAGAAGUUUCAAGCAGCAGCAGUACAAGGAGUGUUGCCUCUGUCCACUUCUGUCCAUCCAGAGUCAUCCACAAUCUCUGUAUCUGCUCCAGCUUUGUCAAUCUCAUCUGACAGUAAAAGUGACUCCCUUGGAAAUGCUUCACAAAGUGAGCUGAAAGUCUUACAUGGAGAGUCCAACAGACCUUCCAAAAAAAUUAACCACAGGCGAGUUGACAAAUCAACAAUUCUUUCUCCUGCAUCUGCAUCAUCUCUCCGUCGAUCCCCUCGUUUUAAGGUCAAGAAAUGAGUAAUGGAGUAGGGUCCAUCUUUUUACCGGAAAUUAGACUUUGCUCCUGAGAUCAGUCAUGUGCCCCACGCUCUAAUUUGCUUGUCUAGCUGAAACUCCUGACUGAUGAUAGCAUGGCUCUCGAAUUGGAAGCACAAGACCCUAUUUAUUAUUUUUAGCGAUAUAUGCUGAAGUUAAGAGUGGAAGGAACUUCUGUGAUCUGACUGGAAGAGCUAGAACCAGAGAUUGCUACCCAUUUAACAUUAGGACUUAACCAUGUCGGUAAGGCUAUCUGACCUUGCUGUGUACUUUCGUAUAUCAGGGUGUCCAUGUAUGAAAUGUAAGGAUACUAGUUUCAAUACCAUAAUUUAAUGAAUACCACCGUUUGCCUUGGUUUGAA